AUGGAUGAUUUCAUUGAUAGUAUCCAUAUGGAAAUAAUUCCUUGCCUGUGGGAAAUGUUAUCACCGUUGAAUGAUCAUAUGGCCGAUACGACGCUACCGCUGAUCAUGCUUUUCGCCUCCAAACGCCCAGGAUUCUUUCACAAGACCGUCUCUCAGCUCUUUCAUGACGACGACUGGGAGGUCCGCUUCUCAGCACUCGAUCCAAUCUUUGGGCUAUUCUCCAAGUUGGAUGACGCUUUGGUCAUGAAACUCUUCUUCCGGCAGACUGUACCAACCACAUCCCCUUUGGGCACGAUGCAGAGCGGUAAGGGAAAAGGCAACAACAGAGGUCAGCGUAACCGAGAUCGCUCACAACAUCAGACCAGGACAGGAACCAGUUCAUUCGAACCUGAGACCAGUGAAAGCAGUGGUACGGGCUUGAGCGGGCAGGCACGAAGGGGUGCGUCGACUCUGCAUGGCGAGCAAAACCAUCCAAGCACCUACCAAACUUUGCGUCAGAGCCCACUUCAGCAGUCGGUCUUAUACUCACAAUUCCUGCCAGAGCAGCUCCAGAUUUUGGGACCGGCGUUCAGUUUCUUUGUCUCGUCUAUGUGGGAUAAAGAAGAGGCCGUUCGGACUAAAGCGAGGACACUACUGAAGUCGCUCCAGCCAGUUCAUGUCUGCCACGCGCUCAAAGCAUGGGAGCUGCAUUUUAUUGAUAGCCCUCCCGAGAUCCAACAGACGCUACUGAAACUGAUGACUCGACUCAACAACUACUUUCCUGGCUGGAAAAUCAUGGACUACAGUCAAGUCUUCAGAUUACUGACGAGCGGCACAUUGGGCCGACCAACGAACAAAGGCUCGAGUGACCCUUUUAUGUCGGGAACUGAUACCGGUAGUGUAGCGUCGGACCCACAGGAAGAAAGUAGGUUGAGCGGGUCUGGAGUACACUCUCAAGGUAUCAGUGGACGGAGGCCUGGGCGCGCACCUGUGGGCUCCUUCAUACCCCAGGACAGCGCUAGCGAUAACAUAGCCGGAGAUGCAUUAGCAGAAGGCGCGGAGCCUAUUCAUCCUCACCACGGACCACAGCCCUCGAUUGCCGAGUCAUCAGUUCUCGAUGUGCCCCCGAUGGCGUUCAUGCCUUCCGGUGAACCCUCUCGCAGUAAGCAGCGCGCUUCCAUCGUCUCGGCAUCCAGCGUUACGACGACUUCAGAAGAAUCUUUGCCAGCAAUGACAGCGGAGGCAGAAGAGCGUGAAAGGCAGUUAGCACUGGAGGACGAUAUUCACUGCAGUCUGUUGAAUCUGGCGCUUCAAAUGGCAGCAAACGGUAUUGAACCCCGACUGGACGAAGUUAUUCAGCUCAAAUACCUGGUCGUCUUCUAUCUCGAUUUCGAGGGCUGCGAACUGCUGAGUUUGGGCCAAGGAAAGUUUCAGGUGCGAUACGGAGAGUACAUUCCUCGGCAGCGAACGACGCCACUUUAUGAAGGAGAGGAGGAAGAUCUCAAUGGCAAUGUUCUUCUCAAUGAUCCAGGGCAUGAGAGUUUUGUCAUGGUAAUUUGCAAGAACCUGCAGUUGAUCCUGGACAGAUACGUCGAGAUCAAGCCUGACUACGAGAAGGAUGCGCCGACACUUUACGAUCGUUUACAAUCAAGGGAUACGAGCUUGUAUGGUGGUGGAAUGUACGGCUAUGAAGGAGUGGCUAUGCAGAGCGAUCUGCAGACACAGGUCCCCCAGGAUGGGCGGACAUUCAGCGCCACUACUACCACAAGCAGGGAGUUAUCCAACGAAGGCACCCAGGAUGGUGAAGACGAGUAUGGCCAGGAGCACUACCAUCGGCGUUAUGGUCUGUUCUGCUUCCCGCGUUAUAAGCAUCAUCAGGACGAUCACUAUCGCAACCAUCACCACCACGUUGAGGAUCCAUACAAUCUGCAGAGUCCAACUACGCAAAAGAGCCAGUACCAGCAGGCCUACUACUCUCUGCAUGGACAGCAUACAGCACCACUGUACCAGCAGCAUCACCAUCACCACUAUCACAGAAACCAGAAUCGACGCCUGGACGAGAACGCGCCCGUGGUGGGAACGUAUUUUGUAGAUGUGAUUCUGAGAUUCUUUGGAUCGGAGACGGAUCUGAGCGCUCUCCCCGCAGGCAGACUGAAGAAUUGGCUGGAAUUGCUUCUGAUUGUGAUAUACAAGUACGUCAAGGAGGUCGACCCUCUUUCUGACUUAGUAAUCGUGUUGAUGAAGCGCAUCGUCGAGAUGCUUAUGGGCAGGAAGAGUGGUCUCGCCACGACCGCAGCUGCAGCUCCCGUGGGAGUGAAUGGUGCGAACGGCAACGAGUCAGGGGGUGCUGGUGGUACAGGAAACGUGGGCACUUCAGCAUCGCCAUCCGGAGAAGAAUCAAUGUCAGAAGAGAAUAUUCUUUUGGCAAUUUCGAUCUGCUCAACUCUUCUGAAGAGAUCAUCGACUAUGACUACUGCGCUUUUGUCGAGAGAGAUUAUGGCUAUGGGACGAUUGAUGACCAAGAGGAGGGACGAUCCAGAGGACCCGGUUUUGAUCCGCGCACAAAACUUUUUGCACGACGCAUUUGUGCAUUUUAUGGGCAAUGGUCUUUUCGUGCUCGUCUUCAAGACGCAGCCUGCGCAUAUCACCAACACUUUUGGAUGGGAGGAAGAAGGAUGGGAAGUGGAUCAAGAACUCGACCUUUUCUAUGUCCUCGCAGCAGUAUUGGGUGAAGACGAGAUGGUCCCACUAGAUCCUACUAGCACCUCAUCCUCUGCAAACGGCCGCCUGGUGCACUUUCGCGAUCAACCUAUCCGGGACAUCUUGGACCGCGUCAUGAUCUUCAGGGACCUAGAGCCCAUUCAAGUGUCGACUAUCUUGACCAACCUGGCCCUCUAUAUCGAGCGAGUCCACUCCAAGUUCGAAGACCCACACCUGCUGCCCGAUAUGGGCCAGUUCUUGAUCAAAAUCACAAAGUAUACGGCUGAAUGGGAUCACCAACAGCACCAAAAACAAAAGGAGCAGAUCCAGCAGCUUCGGAUGGCGCAGGAGCAACAGCAGCGGAUGGUUCAGGAACAGCAACAGCAUCAGCAGUUUUUGCAACAGCAAGCGCAAAUGAAAUCACAGGCGAAAUACAGAACCUCUCAAGCCUUGUUCUCGACGAACACUUCAACCAUGCUCUCCAGUGAAUCGUCUCUUCGUAUGUCAAAUCAACAUCAGCAGGAGCUACAACCGGAACAAAAGCAAAAACAGGUGCAAACCCCAACUCAGACGCCGAUACUGCAGCAGAAAGAGGGCGUAUUGUCCAUGACAUCAGGAUCAACAGUGGUCGGAGUGAGUGAGCCAUCGACAGCUCCCUUAAUUUCUUUACCAGCGCUGCCGGCUUCCGCUCCGCUGUCGACUCCAAAGCCAGUUGUAGAGGCACAGAGAAGAAAUACAGCGACCUCAAUAACGUUGACCCCUACGACGCCGUCUUCAUCAUCCACUUCGACACCUGCGCGGCAAGAGCAGAGCCAUCAGUUGACCCAUCAGUCGACCAUACCUUCCUCCACCACCUUUGAAUUGUCGCCCUCUAUCGCGACACCUAAGCCGUCCUUUGUUAGAAGCAAAUCGGAUAUCCUCAAAACCAUGACAUCCUUUGAUUCGGAGAACAGCCCGUUCGCAAAGUUGCGGAACAAUCGACAGGAGAACACCCACGACGGCUUUCAGGCGCUACCGCAACAGCAGCAGUCAUACCAUCAUGAUCCACACCUUCAUUUGCAUUCCCGCCGUCAACCGAGCCAAAAAUCCCGGGCUCAUCGACAGGUUUACGGGCAUCAUUGGGAUUACAGCAACGCUGUCUUGCGGAUGUGCUCGAUCUUGAUGAUCCAGAAUCCACUUAAGGGACAUCAUUUGAUCGCGGCGAUCAAGCAUGUCUUGAGACAAGCGCUGUAUCGGGACAAGAUCUCUGCACCGGCUCUGAUCCGCAUAGUGACCGGAUACUGCUAUAUGGCGGAACUAGACUUCUCACUCUCCCUGGUAAAUAUAUUCGGAGAGUUCGUCGUCGAAGAAAUGAAGACGUCGAUCCAGCAUCAUGCGCAUGCCAAGCACGACGAUCAUUUAAUAGUACAUCAUAAGAACGGGAUUGAAGGUCAGGAUUUGGAUUCUUCUCGGAGGAACAGCGUUUUCCGACGCAGCAGUGGAAAAGAAAGCGAGAAGGAAAAAGAACACGCGAUGGGAGCUGUGAACCUGGGAUUGGGAGCAGUGAAUCUUGGCGUUGGAGUCGCCGGAGUAGGUGGAGGAUAUCAUCCUGGCGGGCGCACUAAGAUCCUGGCCAGCAAUCUUCAUCUACUACAUCAUUUACUGAUUUGGGACUUGGAUCCGAAUUAUAAUCAGGAAUGGACCCAAAUCAAGUGGGAGAUCUUGGGAUCAAUGCGUUUCCCACCUGGACAUCCGAUUUUGUUUCCUGGAGCGAAUGAAGCCUUGCGUCAGACAACUGCUUCCAUUAUUAGUGACUGGGCUGACCGGUGCCCUAGUUGA